GAUGGAUGCCGCACCACGCAGGCCACGCAAAUGGCAAAUCCCUGCGUUGCGAAGGCUGCUGGUGGGGCUGGAGGCGGCUGCACCUCCCUCCCCCGGGACUGUCUUAGAGUCAGUGGAGUUUAUUACUUUAACGUUAUUUCCUCUCUCUGAAGAGCAUCUUUUCAGCAGCGCUGCUUUGUGAACCAGGAGCCAGCCCCCAGCAGGGGUAGGGUCUCGGUGCCGGGUUUUGCUGCCCCAGCGGUGGGAGAGGAAGCCCCCGACUCACUCGCCAGCCUCUCUCUGAUGGAGGACGAGAGGGAGAAGCCAUGAAUCCGUACGUCAGCUGCUCCAGCCCUGAGUUCCCCCUGCCUCAGCAAGACUUUCCUGUGGAGCCCAUCAGCCCUGAUCUCUGCAACAGGACUCACCGAGCGACCUUGUUCGACCCCAAGGAUGCCAACCUGACAGAGGAACAGCUGCGGGAUAAGUACCUGGGACCCCGACGGUCUAGCUUCUUUGUCCCAGUCUGUGUCAUCUACCUGAUGAUCUUUGUGGUGGGGGCUGUGGGCAACACACUCACCUGCAUUGUCAUCCUCCGGCACCGGUUCAUGAGGACCCCCACCAACUACUACCUGUUCAGCCUGGCCGUGUCCGACCUGCUGGUGCUGCUGCUGGGGAUGCCGCUGGAGCUGUAUGACAUGUGGAGCAACUACCCCUUCCUGCUGGGCGCCAGCGGCUGCUAUUUCAAGACGUUGCUCUUCGAGGCCGUCUGCUUCGCUUCCAUCCUCAAUGUCACAGCCCUGAGCGUGGAGCGCUACAUCGCUGUGGUGCACCCACUCAAGGCCAAGUAUGUGGUGACCAGGAACCAUGCCAAGAGGGUCAUCAUCACUAUUUGGGUCUUGUCGGUCAUCUGCUCCAUCCCCAACACCAGCCUCCAUGGGCUGCAGCCUCUCUACGUGCCUGGCCGGGGGCGGGUGCCUGAUUCGGAGAUCUGCACCCUGGUGAAGCCACGCUUGACCUACAACCUCAUCAUCCAGAUUACCACCAUCGUCUUCUUCUUCCUGCCCAUGGGAACCAUCAGUGUCCUCUACCUGCUCAUUGGCCUGCAGCUCAAGAAGGAAAAGAUGUUGGAGACCUUGGGAGCGAAGUCCAGCGGCAGCGGCAAGUGCCACAACACCCGGGGGCAGAAGAAAGUCAAGAGGAGGCAGGUCACAAAGAUGCUGUUUGUGCUGGUGGUGGUGUUCGGGAUCUGCUGGGCCCCCUUCCACACAGACCGCCUUGUCUGGAGCUUCGUCUCCACCUGGACCAGCCACAUGCUCCACAUGUUCCAGUAUGUCCACAUCAUCUCGGGCGUCUUCUUCUACCUGAGCUCAGCCGCCAACCCCAUCCUCUACAACCUGAUGUCCACCCGCUUCCGGGAGAUGUUCAAGGAGGUGAUGUGCCAUGUUGGCCACGGUCCACUGCGGUCACGGAAAUACUCACCCAGUGUCACCCGCACCACCACCCGCAGCACUGAGUGCGAGCCCAUGCCCGGCACCAACGGGCUGCCCCUCUCUGAUGCUGACGAGUUCGAGCUCGAGGAGGUGGAGGGUGGCCAGGCCACCACCCAUGCAACAUCCCUCUGCUGAAGAGUGGGAGGACACAGGGGGACUGGGGUCAGCUUUCCCCACCACCAGCAUCCCCCUGACUAUGGCACCCAUCCCAUGGUGGGGAUCGGGGCAGGAGAGAUGGAGGCAUCCCUGCCUCUCUGUGCCAUCCCACUGGGAUGCAAAGACUGGUUCUCUUGACAGUGCUGCUCCAGGGACAUGGUGGCAGUGGCGAUGCUGUUGUGCCCUGGAUGAAAAAGUUUGUGGGUGCCUUAUCUCAGGAGACCUCCCCAGGGCCCUCUGGCAUCGACGUGCCCCUUAUUUUCUUGCACAUCUCUUCAGUGGUGCCAGCCAGUGUCUGGCUGCAGGGUGCUGGUGUGGCUCUCUGCUCCCAGCCUUCCGCCUGCCCUGCAUCCCGAGCCCAUGAGGGCAAGGGAAGAAGUACAGCUGCUCCCUCAAGAGCUGGAGUCUGUGGGGGAAAAUAUGGGACAAUGGGAGUCCCAGGCUGCCUGCAGCACCAAGGCACAGCGCUGUACCUGUCCAUGUACCCCAUGAAUAUGCCCUGCUCUCCCCUCUCUGACUCACAUCUGGUGGGUGCCACCCUCCUCUUCCUCAGCUCACCAUGGGCCCCUGCAACCCUGGGGAGUGUGUGGAGCCCUCCCUCCCCGCCCUGCAUGGGCUAAUCCUCAUUGAGAAUUAAAAAUGCCGUUGACCUGC